AUGACUUCCAACGUCUCCAAAGCCGGAAUCACCACCGAUGCAGCCACUGGUGCAAGCUUCAUCCCCUCUUCAAUCCGCGCAGAUGGCUCCAAACGUCGAGAGAUUCGGGUUCGCCCUGGCUACAAGCCCCCGGAGGACGUUGAGCUUUACAAGAACCGUGCCGCCGCCGCGUGGAAAAAUCGUGGGAAAAGCGGGGUGCCGGGUGCAGAGGCCCUGAGUAGUGGGGACGAUAAAUCCGCGGCCGCAGACGCCACAGCUGCCAGCAACAAAAAUGCAAAGCGCCGCGAAGCGAAACGCCAGGCAAAGGAAGCUGAGGGGUCAGGCACUCCAAGUGACAAAAAGGGAUCGGGGUCAGAUAAUUGGCGUGUGCCCGCCAAAAAAGACGAAAAACCUGCAGAGCCCGAGCCCGAACCCGUUGAUCUGGAGGCUGAAAAGGAGAAGAAAGCACGCAAUCUCAAGAAGAAACUCAGACAGGCACGAGACCUGCGCGACAAGAAGGCUCAGGGCGAGCCCUUGCUGCCCGAACAGCUGGAAAAGGUCAUCAAGAUCCACGAGUUGGUUCGACAGCUCGAAACCCUCGGAUUUGAUUCCAAUGGAGAAAUACAAGAAGAUUGCCAAAAGAAAGCUUGA